UCGUUAUUAGCAAAGCCGGCAUACUUACUUUUACAUACUUUUCGUUUGAAAUCGUGUGUAUUUUAAAAUAAUAUUUAUGUAAAAUGAUCGAAUUUACUGUUGAGAAAGUUCUCGAAGGAGUGAAAGCAUCGGCCUUAUUUGUUGCCUGCUUGGUGCUAAUAUACCAAUUUUUCGGUGCUUACGCCACCCUGAAAGUGAGUUCUGUCCUCAUUUUCUAUUAUUUUAUUCCUCAACCGAAGCUAUUCGCGACGCUGGCGGCGUUCUGGAUUCUGCUCCCGUUUCUGAGAAGGUCCAUUCAAGCCCACAGUUUGUACCAGACGUAUGAAGGAUACGUUCCGUGUGAAGAAAUCCGAGGAAAAUUGAAACCUUGGGAUCUAAUCGAGUUUGAAAGACCUACCAAGAGAAUUGAAACUUCCAACUGGUAUUUUGCCUGGUAUUUUGCCAACUUUUUUCGUCAAUUUAACCAUUUCGGUAUAUACAGGGGAACUGAUACUGUAUAUCACUGGGUAAAUACGCCGGGAAGUAAAGUUGCAAAAAUUAAUACGGACAGCUUAAAGGAUGCGGCAGAUGGUGCUAACUGCAGGAUCAACAAUUUGGAAAAAUUUGCCAAAUUUCACAACCUAACACGUAGAGAAGAUUCCGAAAUUUAUGCCACUAUUGUGUCCUACCUUCGAUUAUCGAAAUCCGGCACUUUAAAGUAUAACGAAUUAACCGAAAAUUGCGAACAUUUCGCCACUUUUUGCAUCUUCGGGAAACGCAUCAGCAUUCAAGCCGAUGUGAUUUAUGAGUUUUACAGUGCCAACUUUUAUACCGGAUUUGUUGAAAUUUUCAUUAUUUAUAUGGGAAUUUAUUACGCUUGUAAAUUAGAUUGGGUACAAAAUAAUGUAUUAAGAAGUGAAAUUCUGACUAAUUUUUUGCUGAAUCAUGUAAUUCCAACUUUAGAAAAAAUUGCGAAAUUUUCCGAAGAAAAUGAAUAUCUUUUCAUUUUCAUAUUAGUGGUGAGUAUAACUCCGAUAGUUCUCUGGGUUUGGUCUUUAGUGGAAGAAUGAAGGCGUAAAUUUAUAAAAUUUUGUAUAAUUCUUUAUUACUAGCGCGGUUAUGUUAUAUUUUUUUUUACAAAUUUUAGUUUCCCCAGUAAAAAAGGGUAUGUAUUACCAUUUAGGUCCAAAUAUUUGUAAACUUACAUUAGGGCAAUUCACGCAGUUCUUGGUAACUUUGUAAAAUUCGUAAACUUACAGAAUUUUACACAUAUUUCGAAGGAAAAGUAGCUUUCAAAUUUUUGAAAACUUGCUCAGAUCAAGGGCGUAUUUUUAUUUUGUAAAAGUUUGCAAAAAUUGUUUUAGCUACAAAAUUUAUGGGAUUUUACAAAUUACGAAUGACUGCGUGAACUGCGUCGUUGUAUGUUUAACUUUAAUUUGAUAUACACAAAUUCAACACAAAUUUGAACAUCAUCUAACUGACUUUAUUGUAUUCAAGCACUUAUCAAUCUUUCUAAACGGCGUCAGACAACUUCAUUUACUCAAUUAUUUAUUUAUUACCAGCUUGGUUAUAUUAUUUUACCAAUUUGAGGUUGACGUAAUUAAAAAAGUAUUCCUAUUUAAUGUCAAUGGAAGAAUAAAGGAGUAAAUUAAUUUCAAAUA